CCUGGCCCAACGGACCAGAUAGCAUUGCAAUCCCAUCCAUCACCUUGCAAUCAUCCUACAAGCAUCAGCAGCAGAGGAAGAUGGAUCGUCGGAUGGAGAGGAUGAGCUCGUCGGUGCAGUCCUGGGUGGACGAGCACAAGCUCACGGCCAUCGGAGCCGUGUGGGCGACGGCGGUUGGCGCAUCGGUAGCCUACAGCCGGAAGAGGGCGCCGGAGAGGACGACGAGCCUGCGCCUCAUCCACGCCAGGAUGCACGCCCAGGCGCUCACCCUCGCCGUCCUCGGAGGAGCCGCCCUGGCGCACCACUACUACAGCAAGAGCAGCAGCAGCAAGAAAGAGAUGAGCAGGUUGGACUACGAGUUCUACUCGCAGCUGCCGUCGGCCACCGACGCCGACGGCCAGGAGAACGAACGAUGGAGCUGGUAGUAGCUUCUUCGAUUCAUUGCGUAAUCGUUGGCAUAGGACGGGCAGCUGCCAGCCGGUAGCUAGCAUAGGAUGGAUGGUUUUCUGGUUCCCCGGAGCCAGAGGAGACAAGCAGUACAUAUGUAUUGGUCAAUAAUCGUCGCGAUUUUCUUGGGGAACGAAUUGAAAUACGAGCUCAGUUCUCCCGGGAUUCCUUUCUCUUUUUCA